CACAUAUAUCAUCAGCCUGCAACAAACGAACCUUUUCCCAGUCGAAUCACCUGCGAUACGCCCAGACUCUAUCCAGCAAUCUCGCUUGUUCUUACACAUCGCAUCACCUGUCGCCACAAUGGGGCCUAGAGUCAAGAGAACGAAGAAACAGCCCAUAUCGAUAAGCUCUUCGGCCAUUCGACCCUCCCCUACAGUCUCCCACAAGCUCACUCAAGCCAAAAUUGCUACUUUCCACACCCUCCUCAAGAAGCGAGCAACCCUCAGGCGGCAAUUAGAUUCGAGUUCUUCGGCUACCGCUAGCGAGGCCGUAUCGUCUUCUUUGCGAGACGUAGAGCUUGAAAUAGCGGAAUUGGGAGGCUUGGAUGGCUAUCAGAAAGCCAGCACUCUGGGACAAGCCAAAGAGAGGGGAGGGGACAGCUCCAAAGUGCUCGUUGACUGGAUCAAAACCAUGGGGUAUGGGAAAGGCGACAUCAGUUUAUUAGAAAUAGGUGCCCUUCGCCCCAACAAUUAUUCAUCCCACAAGUGGAUACAUAACACGCCAAUAGAUCUCCACUCGCAACACCCAGAUAUCCUUGAGCAAGACUUUUUCGAAAGACCGCUGCCUGCGUCCGAAUAUGAGGCUUUUGACAUCGUGAGCUGCAGUCUGGUACUGAAUUUUGUUGACGAGCCUUUGAGGCGAGGUGAAAUGUUGUAUGCGAUGCGCAGUCAGCUGAAGCAGAGAGACAGCUCUUUAUUGUUCCUUGUCCUACCCCUGCCUUGUCUGAGGAAUUCUCGCUACCUCACAAUACCUGCGUUUGUGCAGCUGAUGAAGGUAGUCGGCUUCGACCUGGUCCAGGAGCGCUACAAACCCAAUGGCAAAGUGGGAUAUUGGCUUUGGCGGUGGGCAGAAAGCGUCGGCGAUGCCUCUCCCUGGCGAAAGAAAGCUGUCAUGAUGGAUGGGCCCAAAAAGAACAAUUUCGCUGUAGUAUUACCCCAAUAGGAACAUGUCUUUUUGUGUGUUCUGAGAAGAGGGUUCAACGGGGCUACGUCUACGCUGUUUAUGCAGUAUUGAGAGUUGCA